AUGGAAGAUGACCUCACACGGAUAGCGGACAUAAAUAUACCAUCUUAUGGUAUUCUAGAUCUGGAAAGUAAUCCAAAUCAGGUCAACAACCAGCCCAAUCAUAGGAGACAACUCCCUACGAUCAGUGGUGGAACUUCCGCUUAUUCUCCGGGAAGACAACUCCCCAAUGGAAAUGGAGCUUGUCAACCUUUCCAAGUCUCAGGUGAAUAUUUUAUUUAUUGUUAGUCGGGUUGUUAAUUUGACAGAAUUUUUCAAAAUGGCGUCAAAUUGAUCAAAUUGACGUCUAUACGAAGCUCUCACACGCGAGACUUGAUGAAUACGGUUAAUAUUAGUCGUAACUAGUUUUACUGCUUAUUUCAUCGGUCGUUUCGACUAGAAGGAGCAAUUUAGUUCCUAAAAAUUUUGAAUUCAUGAUUUUUUAGCAAAAACCUACAAAAAUUUUCCAAAAAUGUUCAAUUUGACAAUCAAAAUGACAGAACAAUUUGACAUGACGAAAAUGAUAAACGUGACUGACGUGUCAAGUUGAACAACGUCUUUAGCAUUGUAUAAAAGUAAUCCACCUUUUUUUGGUCUGGACAGCAAGAGUUUAUGUAUAAUGUAAUUUAAAAGCCUCAAAAAGGGUUUUCACAAGAUAAUCGUUUAAAAGAUGGCUUAUGAUGGCGGUCUCUGCCAGUUCUUGGCCCGCACUACCCUUGUAUUCAAACGAAGCCGCCUUUUUGUGGCCGCGAGCUGCUCGAAAAAGGCCGAGUCGGGAGUUUCCUCCGUCUUAUGUCCUCUUGACCGAUCUCUGCUCCUCUCGGUGUCUUGAAGUUUGAUCGAAUCAUGGGUAUGCAAAUAUCUUCAAAAAAUGCGUCAGACUGACAUUUUUCUAGAAAUAAAAAAUCUUUUUUUGUGGAGCAAAAUUAGACGAUUAUUUUGGGUAAUAAACGUUUUAUUGAUAAUUUCAGAGCUCGAUCAUGCUGUUUCACGGCCUACAGGCCUGUCAACGGCCUCUGGAGUCUUUGCGCCGGUCACAAUCUCCAUGUUCUCAGCUCUUUUAUUCUUGCGGAUGGGUAAGUUCAUAUUAUUUAUUAUAAAUCUCGAUUUUUAGGUUUUGCUGUAGGACAACUUGGGUUCAUGAUGACGACAGUCGAGUUGAUGCUUGCGUAUUCUAUCAUUCUUCUGACUGUGCUUUCUCUUUGCGCGGUAUCUUCGAAUGGCGCUGUCGAAGGCGGAGGUGUUUAUUGUAAGAUAACUAUUAAUCUUCAAAAUUAUGUUUGUUUUAGACAUGAUUAGUCGAACUCUUGGGCCGGAGUUUGGUGGAAGUAUUGGAGUCCUUUUCUUUGUCGCCAACGUGUGCUCAUGCGCCUUAUACAUCACUGGGUUCACUGAAGCGUUCUCUAAUUUAGUCGGUGAGUAAUAACAAUAGCCGUUAUGGUAACAGCUUUUUUUAAAAUAUGAUUAUUGAAUGUUGCAGGUCUCGGUGAUGGUUAUGGAGGCAAGUUCUUCCACUGUAUCCUUGUCAGCAUCGUCAUCUUAUGUCUCUGCCUCCUUGGAUCUGGAAUGUUUGCCAAGACGGCUGUCAUCGCGCUUUUGGUAAUCGCUGGAGGAUACGCGUCAUUUCUCCUGACUACGAUAGUCAAAAGUGAAACCGAGAUACCAAUUCCAAAGAGUAAUUCGUAUGCUUAUCUGGUCCCAAAGAAUCUCUCGGAUCCAGACGGAGAGAAGGCUGAGGAUUUCAAUCAGACUCUGACCGCGUUAUAUACAUCGUUCAGGUAUCCUGUUUCCAUUUUGUUGAUCUUAUUUUUAGUUGGGACACAUUCAAAGAGAAUUUCUUUGCGAACUACACAAAUGAUUACACGACCGGGAGAUCAACGGACUUUGCUUUUAUGUUCUCCAUCAUCUUCAGUGGGGUCACAGGUCUGAUGGCCGGUGCCAAUAUGUCUGGAGAGUUGGCCAAGCCUAAUAUUUCGAUCCCUCGUGGCACAUUACAAGCAGUAUUCACCACCUUCUUCACUUACAUGUUGACCAAUCUUCUCUUGUCUUCCACUUGUUCGAGGCAUCUUUUGCAGAAUGAUUACCUGAUAUUUGUGGACGUCAAUAUCAGCUCCAUGAUUAUUUUGUUUGGUAUCUUUGCAGCCACUUUCUUCUCCUCAAUGAGUAAUUUACUUGGAGCUUCGAGAGUUUUGAAUAGAUUAGCUCACGAUAAAUUGUUUGGAAUGUUGUUGAAACCAGCGACAAUGGAAGUUGCCUCAGGGAAUCCAGUGGUCUCGGUUAUUAUCUCCUGGAUUUGUGUUAUGGUGAGUAUACUUACUUUUAUUUUUAUCUUAAUUUAGAUGGUAUUUACUGUUGGUGCAAUGAAUAGAAUUGCAAAGAUCACCUCGAUCUUCUUCUUGUUAUCUUACAUGGGAGUGAACAUCGCUUGUCUGGCCUUGGAAUUGACCUCAGCUCCCAACUUUCGACCCACUUUCAAAUACUUUAGCUGGCACACAUGCGCCCUGGGGGCAAUUGCUACGGCUGUAAUGAUGUUGGUAAUCGAUGCGUCGAUGAGUGCUGUUGCUGUUGUGAUAUUGAUGUUCCUUAUUAUGGUCCUCCAUUAUCAGGUAUGUUUAUCUGGGUUUAGAUUUUAAUUUUAGGCUCCAAUUGGAUCUUGGGGAUCUAUUUCUCAAGCUCUUAUCUACCAUCAAGUCAGAAAAUACCUUCUUCUUUUGGAUGUUCGAAAAGAACACGUUAAAUUCUGGAGACCGCAGAUUCUGUUGUUGGUCAGUCGUCCUGCUUCUUGCUGUCCAUUAAUCGACUUUGUAAACGAUCUUAAGAAGAGUGGAUUGUAUGUGAUUGGUCAUGUCCAACAACAAAAUGACAACACCGAUGCUUUGGUUGAUCCAAUUCAACCGGUACUUCCUUACUGGUUGUCUCUGGUCGAUUAUUUGAAAGUCAAGGCGUUUGUGGAACUUACUUUGACCGACAAUAUCAGAACUGGUAUUCAACAGGUAAGGCUGAAGUCAUUGGCUGAUUACUGUAAUUAAUUUUUUAGUUGAUCCGUCUGAGUGGAUUGGGUGCGAUGAAACCAAAUACUGUAGUUGUGGGAUUCCAUGAGAAACAGCCUUCUGAAUCCAGUCUUUCGGAAACCCAUCUUUUGAAGGACCUAAAAUUCUCGAAGAUUGGGAGAGCUGAGGUCGUGGAAUACUUUACAGCAACAGAUGUACCUCGAGGAUUACAAGCAUCAAAUUCUCGACUUACUAAUCAACAAUACGUUCAGAUUCUUCACGAUGCGAUGAGUAUGAACAAAAAUUUGGUUGUAGCACGGCAUUUCACAAAAUUCGACAGAGAAUUGUUCUUGAAGUAGGUUUGCUAGUACAAUAUUAAUUUUGAGUAGUUUUUUUAGCUUAUUUGAGUAUUUUUAGACAUGAAAACCGGCGUUACAUUGACGUCUGGCCGUCUCAUCUCUUCAAACCAGAGGACAAUGGCCUCCAAUGGGAUAACAGCUCUUUGUUUGUCCUCCAAUUGGCUUGUAUAUUGAGUAUGUCCAGCAAAUGGAAAUCGGCCAAACUGAGAGUAUUCAUUUGUGUCAGUAGUCUACAGGACAUGCAUAUUCAAGAACAACAAUUGAGAUCCCUUCUGGAGAAUCUUCGAAUCAAUGCAAAAUCUGUGAUGGUGCCGUGGGAUCAUGUGGUCUCUCAGAUCGACAGGAGCUCUCAACAACCAAUGUAAGCGAUACUUUUAUACUUGUAAUCGUGUUGUAGUUAUUUUAAUAAUCUUGCUCUUUCAGCACAAAUAUCACCGAUUUUGAACCAUCGUAUGUUCAAGCAGUCAACGAGAUGAUCCGACGAAAUAGUACAGAAUCGGCUGUCUGUUUCCUGAACCUCCCCCUCCCGCCCAGUCCAUCCUCGUCCCAAGAUCAGACAGAUAAAUACAUCAAUCAGUUACGAUUGGUCACCGAUGAUUUGCCCCCGUCAUUGCUGGUUUAUGGAUUAUCAUCAGUAAUCUCUACCGCUCUUUAA